AUGUCUCCUCCAGCAGGACACUGUGUGGACUGCUUACCUCAGCAGGGCAGUGUGGACACAACACCUCCCAGCAGGACACUGUGUGGACACAACUCCUCCAGCAGGACACUGUGUGGACCAUCUUCUCCAGCAGGACACUGUGUGGACACAACACCUCCAGCAGGACACUGUGUGGGCCUGGCACUCAGCACAGUGUGGACACAACACCUCCCAGCAGGGCUGUGUGGACACAACUCCUCCAGCAUGGGACACUGUGUGGACUCAUCUCCUGCAGCAGGACUUGCAGUGUGGACACAACCACCUCCAGCAGGACACUGUGUGGACUCAUCUCCUCAGCAGGACACUGUGUGGACACAACACCUCCAGCAGGGCACAGUGUGGACACAACACCUCCAGCAGGACACUGUGUGGACACAACUCCUCCAGCAGGACACUGUGGACACAACACCUCCAGCAGGACACUGUGUGGACACAACUCCUCCAGCAGGACACAGUGUGUGCUCAACUCCUCCAGCAGAACACUGUGUGGACACAACUCCUCCAGCAGGACACAGUGUGGACACAACACCUCCAGCAGGACACUGUGUGGACACAACUCCUCCAGCAGGACACUGUGUGGACCACAAACCCUCAACAGGACACUGUGUGGACACAACUCCUCAGCAGGACACAGUGUGUACUCCACUCCUCCAGCAGGACACUGUGUGGACAAACACCUCCAGCAGGACACAGUGUGGACACUGCACACCUCAACAGGACACUGUGUGGACACCUCCUCCAGCAGGACACUGUGUGGACACAACACCUCCAGCAGGACACUGUGUGGACACAACUCCUCCAGCAGGACACAGUGUGUACUCAACUCCUCCAGCAGGACACUGUGUGGACACAACUCCUCCAGCAGAACACUGUGUGGACACAACACCUCCAGCAGGACACAGUGUGGACACCACCUCCAGCAGGACACAGUGUGGACACAACACCUCCAGCAGGACUGUGUGGACAGCUCCUCCAGCAGGACACUGUGUGGACACAGCUCCUCCAGCAGGACACUGUGUGGACACAACUCCUCCAAGGACACUGUGUGGACACAACUCCUCCAGCAGGACACUGUGUGGACACAACUCCUCCAGCAGGACACUGUGUGGAUCAACUCCUCAGCAGGACACUGUGUGGACACAACUCCUCCAGCAGGACACUGUGUGGACACAACACCUCAGCAGGACACUGUGUGGACACAACUCCUCCAGCAGGACACUGUGUGGACACAACUCCUCCAGCAGGACACAGUGUGGACACAACUCCUCCAGCAGGACACUGUGUGGACACAACUCCUCAACAGGACACUGUGUGGACACAACUCCUCCAGCAGGACACUGUGUGGACACAACACCUCCAGCAGGACACAGUGUGGACACAACACCUCCAGCAGGACACAGUGUGGACACAACUCCUCCAGCAGGACACAGUGUGGACACAACACCUCCAGCAGGACACUGUGUGGACACAACUCCUCCAGCAGGACACAGUGUUGACUCAUCUCCUCCAGCAGGACACUGUGUGGACACAACUCCUCCAGCAGGACACAGUGUGGACACAACACCUCCAGCAGGACACUGUGUAGACACAACUCCUCCAGCAGGACACUGUGUGGACACAACUCCUCCAGCAGGACACUGUGGACACAACUCCUCCAGCAGGUCACUGUGUGGACACAACUCCUCCAGGAGGACACUGUGUGGACACAACUCCUCCAGCAGGACACAGUGUGGACACAACUCCUCCAGCAGGACACUCUGUGGACACAACUCCUCAGCAGGACUGUGUGGACACAACUCCUCCAGCAGGACACUGUGUGGACUCAUCUCCUCCAGCAGGACACUGUGUGGACACAACUCCUCCAGCAGGCCACUGUGUGGACUCAUCUCCUGCAGCAGGACACAGUGUGGACACCACACCUCCAGCAGGACACUGUGUGGACUCAUCUCCUCCAGCAGGACACUGUGUGGACACAACACCUCCAGCAGGGCACAGUGUGGACACAACACCUCAGCAGGACACUGUGUGGACACAACUCCUCAGCAGGACACUGUGUGGACACAACACCUCCAGCAGGACACUGUGUGGACACAACUCCUCCAGCAGGACACAGUGUGUACUCAACUCCUCCAGCAGAACACUGUGUGGACACAACUCCUCCAGCAGGACACAGUGUGGACACAACACCUCCAGCAGGACACUGUGUGGACACAACUCCUCCAGCAGGACACUGUGGGACACAACACCUCCAGCAGGACACUGUGUGGACACAACUCCUCCAGCAGGACACAGUGUGUACUCAACUCCUCCAGCAGGACACUGUGUGGACACAACACCUCCAGCAGAACAGUGUGGACACAACAUCCUCAACUCCUUUCCUCAGCAGCUUCAGUAAGUCCUUCGUCUUGUCAUUCUUCAGGAACUUCGGGAGUUUCGGUGAGAACCUGA